UGUAGUAGACACUGCGUCUCUGCUUCAGUACACAUGUGUUCGCCAUGAGACUGGUAUUUCCGAACCCAGGACUGGAUCUCCGGAUCCCUAACUAUGAGGAUCUAGACAGGAAGGAGAAGGAGGAGGCUGGUGACAGGCCCAAGUGGGACAACAAAGCCCAGUACUUCCUAACCUGUGUGGGCUUCUGCAUUGGGCUUGGCAACGUGUGGCGAUUCCCUUACUUGUGUCAAAGUCAUGGAGGAGGUGCCUUUUUGAUUCCCUACCUGAUCCUGCUGGUGUUGGAGGGAAUGCCUCUUCUGCUGAUGGAGUUUGCCAUCGGCCAGCGUCUCAGGAAAGGCAGCGUGGGAGUGUGGAGGGCCAUCAGCCCUUAUCUGACUGGUAUUGGUAUAGCCUCCAUGCUGGUAUCCUUUUUGGUUGGACUAUACUACAACACCUUAAUAGCCUGGAUAUUGUGGUAUCUCUUCAAUUCCUUUCAAGACCCACUGCCCUGGGCCCAGUGUCCUCUCAAUGACAAUAGGACAGGAUUUGUAUCUGAGUGUCAACAGAGCUCCACCAUAGAUUAUUUCUUUUACCGAGUGACUCUGAAUAGUUCGGCCUCUAUAGCUGACUCUGGAGGAAUCCACUGGCCCAUAGUCGUCUGCCUGUUAGCUGCCUGGACAAUAAUCGCUAUCUGCUGUAUAAGGGGCAUCGGCACUUCAGGCAAGGUUUUGUAUGUCCCAGCCAUCCUGCCGUACAUAUUGCUGGCCAUCUACCUGAUCCGUGGACUGACUCUUAAAGGAGCCCUGAGUGGAAUAAAGUUCCUCUUCACACCAGACGUGGAGGAGUUGAUGAAACCAACAACUUGGCUGGAUGCAGGUGCCCAGGUCUUUUAUUCCUUUGGUUUGGCAUGGGGAGGCCUCAUCUCCUUCUCAAGCUACAACCCUGUUCACAACAACUGUAUGCAAGAUGCUGUGAUCCUGUCGGCAGUAACUGGCCUCACCUCAAUCUAUGCUGCCACAGUCACCUACACCAUCAUUGGCUUCAGGGCCACUGAGAAAUAUGACAACUGUAUCAAUGAAAACAUCAUGACAUUAUUAAACGCAUUUGAACUUCCUGAAGAUAACAUCACUACGAGCAACUAUGAGGAAGUGUUCAAUCAUUUCAACAGCUCCUAUCCUGACACUGUUCUUGGAUUGGACAUCAAAACCUGUGACAUGCACAAACUCCUCAGCGAGGGAGUGGAGGGAACAGGUUUGGCCUUUAUUGUGUUUACAGAAGCCAUCACCAAGAUGCCUGGCUCUCCAGCGUGGUCUGUCCUAUUUUUCAUCAUGCUUCUCUGCUUGGGGGUCUCGACCCUGUUUGGCAACAUUGAAGGAGUGGUGGUACCCUUGAAAGACCUGAACGUAUUCCCUAAAAAAUGGCCCCACGAAGUACUGACUGGAACAACAUGUGUUGUCGCCUUCCUCAUCUCCCUCCUGUUUGCGCAACACUCAGGGCUUUAUUGGGUAACUCUCUUUGACACCUUUGCUGGAUCUGUUCCACUUCUGACCAUUGGAUUGCUUGAGAUGAUAGCUGUCGUGUACAUCUACGGCAUAGACAGGUUCAAUGAGGAUUUGAAGUUCAUGGUCGGACGUAAGCCCUCCAUCUUCUGGCAGGUUUCAUGGAGGUUCAUCAGUCCUCUAAUCGUCCUGGUUAUUUUGGUUUUCUACCUGGUGACCCAAGCCCAAGAGGAGCUCACCUAUUUAGUCUGGGACCCCAACUCUGAGGAGUUUCCAUCUCUGGCAUCAGUACCGUACCCUUCAUGGGUAGGUGCAGUCAUAUUUCUUUUGGCAGGAGUCCCCAGCCUGGCAGGGCCUGUGUUUGCAUUAUGUCGACUGCUCUUUGUUUGCUGCAAGAAAAAAAUUGUAUCCUGAGAAAAAAUUUGCCAAAUUUCCUAAAAUGUUUUAAGUCAUACAUUUCAGAGUACAACAAUUUGCAAGGUUAUUUAAUUUGCCUUCUUAAAGUCAAUUAACAUCACAAGAAUUCCAAUGUUUUAUAUGAAUGCACGGGUAUGUUUAAAUGCACAAUGCUGAUGUUUUAGUGACGCACUUCAGUAACAUACUCUGAAUUUCUGCUCAUAUUUUGUAGUUAUAUGGCUGCUGUAUAAAUAAACUUACUCAUUGCACAGAUUUCUCGUUCCAUUGGACAACAUUAGUUUUCGAUCCAUACAUGCUUUUUACCUGCCUAUGCUAUUUAUAGAGGGGCAUAUUGGUUUGUAAAUGUAUAGUUUACUUGUAAGUUUUGCUGUUGAAAUCAUUUUUGUCUCAGUGUAAUAUAAUUUUGACUAAAUAACUUUACAAGCCUUGGAUUUUUGUGCUCUUAUUUUAUAUUAUUUUUUAAAUUUGCUCUACCUUGAUGUAUUUGAGUGAAAAUAAAAGUUGAAUAAGUGAAAACUAUAGGAAAUACCCUCCAGUAUUUAAAAAAAUGUCUGCCUAUCAAAAGAAACAAAAUUACAGCAAAUAAAAUCUUUUAUGAA